UCCUUUUCCCCUCCCUCCUUCCAACCCCCACACCCCCCCUUCCCCUCACAUCCUUGGAAGCAACAAUUAAGCAGCUCUGGGAUAAAACACACUGACUGCGAGAGCACGGGGGCAUUGCUUCAAGAGAUGGCAAGGCAGGCAGCUGCACCCCUCCUCCCCGGAGUCCUCCUCCUCUUCUCCAUCCUCCCGGCUUCUCAGCAAGGAGGGGUCCCUGGUGCUAUCCCGGGAGGGGGAGUCCCAGGAGGAGGCUUUUUCCCAGGUGCUGGAGUUGGAGGUUUGGGAGCAGGUUUGGGAGCAGGUUUGGGAGCAGGGCUCGGGGCUGGAGGAAAACCUCUCAAACCAGGGGUCGGUGGCCUCGGGGGACUCGGCCCUCUUGGCCUGCAGCCAGGUGCUGGGGUCGGAGGUUUGGGAGCAGGUUUGGGAGCCUUCCCCGGGGCAGCCUUCCCAGGUGCUGCAUCUGCGGCCGCUCUUAAGGCUGCAGCAAAAGCUGGUGCUGGCCUUGGUGGUGUGGGUGGAAUUGGUGGCCUUGGUGGCGUGGGUGGAGUUGGAGUUCCAGGAGGCCUUGGUGUCCCAGGUGCAGUGCAGCCCGGGGUUGGUGCGGCGGGGAAGCCCCCCAAAGUGCCAGGUGCUGGCAUCCCCGGAGCUUUCCCAGGUGGAGGUGUGCUUCCUGGAGCAGGUAUCCGCUUCCCCGGCGUAGGCGUGCUGCCCGGCGUUCCCACCGGCACCGGGGUCAAGGCAAAAGGUCCAGGAGCAGGAGCCUUCGCAGGAAUCCCCGGUGAGUGCCCCCUCUCUUUCCCCAGUUCUUCUCUUCCUUCUUAAGUUUCUCCAUCACCACAGCAGCCUCCCCACACCAGAAGGUGCCUCAGAGGCUUCCCAAGCCGUGGCCGGGGACCCAGGGUGCCGCGGGCACCCCGCUCUGCAAGGUCUGGUGGCAACCUGGGCGCAGGCUCCAGGUGAGCGUCUGCUGUUGGCUUUGCAGGACUGG